UGUUAGCUAUCUCAACAAAAGCCCCAGACGCUGUAUGCGUGGACUGCAAUUCAAAGCUAGCACUUUAAUGCUGCCUAGUUUGUCGGACAACACUGUAUCGAGCAGCUGAAACACGACUGAUUAAUUUAGGCUGUUCGGACAUUAGUAAGACAACACGGACCGUUAGCGCUCCGCUCCAGUGGCUGAGCUGUAAUGGAGUCUGCCAUCAGCUACACGAGGAUGAAUCAGUUUAAAGGGAACGUUAAGGAAAACUUGUGAAAAUAGACCACAUCAGACCAGCUGGAGGCCUACAUGGACGAGAAGUUUAUCACCAGGGCCUUUGCCACCAUGGGUGAGCAGGUGAUUAAUGUGCGAAUCAUACGCAACAAGAUGACAGGUGUGUUGUCACCUAGGGGUGCUCUGGGUUACUGUUUUGUGGAAAUGACAGAUGAGGCCACAGCCGAGAGGUGUCUCCGCAAAAUCAACGGAAAAGCCUUACCAGGAGCGAAUCCGCCCACAAGAUUCAAGUUAAACCGAGCCACCUUUGGGAAACAAGACAGUGGUCAGAUGUAUUCUCUGUUUGUGGGAGAUCUAACUCCAGAGGUGGAUGAUGGGAUGCUUUAUGAGUUCUUUUACAACCGCUACCCUUCCUGUCGUGGUGGAAAAGUGGUGCUGGACAGCAUGGGCAACUCCAAGGGCUGUGGCUUUGUUCAGUUCCCAGAUGAGCGGCUGCAGAAGCGGGCGUUAGAGGAGUGUCAGGGCGCUGUGGGACUGGGUGGUAAACCUCUGAGACUGAGCCUGGCUGCUAACAAUUUAAGGAACAGGCAGCAGCAGCAGCAGCAGUCAGAGCACAGAUCCUGGCAGUCCAGCUCAGGAUACAGACACAACUAUGACCAGUAUAACCAGUACCAGCAGCAGGCCUAUCCUGGGUAUUACUCCUCCUGGGGCUACGAGCAGCCUGGAGCAGAGUAUGGCUACAACUAUCAGCAGUAUGAUUACACACAGUACCCCCCACCACAGGAAAGUGAAGCUGUUCAGGAUGAUGGACUUGAAGAUCCUAGCCCGACGCUGGAUGUGGUGGAGGCCAACAGGAAGUUCAUGGAGCUCAGUGAGGAACUGUAUGAUGCUCUGAUCGAGUGUCACUGGCAGCCAGCAGAGUUUUCGACAGAACAGGACCAUAUGACAUCCAGCCUCCCAGAACCCAUUUACUGCUGAGACUGAACACGUUUUUUCUCUAGACUUUACCUCCCCAGGGUAUUUUAUUUUCAUUUGUCUGCUGAAGUCUCAACAGUAUGGAUUAUUUUUGUAUGCACAUAAAAGAAAUAAGUCAUGCUAAUGGAUCUUAUUCAAGUACAUAAAGCCGUUGAAAUGUAUUGAGUGUACACAAUUCUGAGUUACAACAAAAAUAUUUUUGAUUUAUUUAUGGCUCUACAAAAUGCACUGAACGAUAACAUGUUAAACUGAGAAGUCUUAUUUCCAACACAGUCCCAAAAAUGUUAAAAUACAGACACAAAACCUGUACUGGAAAAUUAAACGAUCAAAUCUUAAAUCUGAAAUUACAUCAAUAUAAACCAAACCAAAAAAUAAAUAUCAGACAUUAACCACUACACAACAAACUGAAAUUGGCAGUGAAAUUCUUGUUUUCAGGCUCCCUCCAACAAUCAUAGCCCCAUAUGUAGAAAUGGGAUGUGAUUAUAGCAUCUUUUGAAUUAUUUGGAUGAUAUACGUUUUGGUUUGUAGAAAAAUGGAAGAGUCGCUGUUGGGACAUAGUGCAGUCUGUGUGCUCUCAGCCCAUUCAUUCUAAGCCCUCUGGUCGUAUCCAAAGAGAAACUGAGAAUUUUUCAUUCAGGCUUUAAAGUACCUAAUAUUAAUAAUCACACCGGAUAUACUAUAAUAGCUAAGUUAUAUGCCAAUGGUAGUAGAAAAUCUAUUGUGUCCUUUUGUUUCCAGGGUCCUGUUCUUCAUAUGUGAAUAACAGAAUAGUUAUAUAGAACUUGAUUUUGUUACAUUAACAGGUUUUAGAUGCGAACACAUUCAUUCCAGAGAAAUAAUUACAUUACAUAUGACUGGAGUGAAUGUGUCGUACCGUUUCAAAAGUUCCUAAAUGUGUUGGUAGAUCCUCACCUUUAAAUGAGCAGCAAAAAAGGGUUGUCUGCAGUCAUAAUGAGCACUCAGCCAAUCAGAUGAUUUCUACUCAUUUUGCCUUUAGUAAGAAAUAAAGCGCAGUUAUUCGAGAUUACGUCAUUUUAGAUGAACAAAUCAAUCCUUAAAGAACCCAGUCAGUUGGAUGAAAAUCAACAGGAGCAUUUCAGCUGGCUGUUAUAUUAGCUAACUCAAAUGAUCUUGUUAAAUAUGAUCCAGAUACCGGGGGCUUUCAACACGCAGAGAAACGCUUGUUCGUCUUGGAUCACGUUAUCUUGAAUAACUACACUCUUUGUGUAAAAUGCAGGAGUUCAGAGUCUCAAAUCUGUUCUGUUGUGAAAAUGAACGUGCUACUCAAUCAGUCUGUGACUUUAAAACCAAUUUAAAACUUAGCAAGUACUUAAAAUACUGUUUCUCCAUUGAUUUACUCAUUUAUGUUUUGUUUUCAGAACUGUCCCUAGGCAACUUUCACAACUGUCUAUAAUUCAUAGCACUUUUUCUAAGCGGUUCACACUUACAAUUCCAUUGAGCAUUGCAUUGUGGGACAGCACUGUUCGUCUGCAGCAGGUCUAAGUGUCUGAGGGCUGAUUUCCAUUACUGUACUGGGAUAAACUGAAAGCAAAGGCUGCCUGGAAAGUGGGAAAUUGAAAAACUAAUGUAACUUACAAAACAACUCACCCAAAAUAAACUUCAGACUGCUCAAAAUCA